CUUUGUCACGCCUAGCAAGCAGUAAGUCGGCUGUUGACGUAGAAGUGCUACAGUUGUAACAUUAGGAUUAAAAGCGGCGCUUGCUAGAAGCGUUGCUACUGUGUAAGUCAAAAAUGUUAUUCGUUGACGUCAAUUGAGAUGCCUUAUUGUUAGCAUAAAUACUAAAUGGACGGAAGCAUGAGCAAAGAUAAAUGACAUCGUUGUCAUGAGGUUACAGUCAUCCAUUCCAGAAUGUUUUUACUUCAUAGGUGUUGUGUAUUUAAUAGGAUGUACAACUCACAAACACAGGCCUGUAUAGUGCAUGCUUUUAGACAAUGUGAGUCGUCUGACAGCCUCCUGCAAGCAUUUAAACCAAAACCCUACAGGAGCACGAUGGCAAAAAGAACGAUAUCAUCCAAUGCAGCCGCUUUAAACGAAGAUGGGAAUACUAGACUAAAGAGAGUUUCUAUAGAGGGAAACAUUGCUGUUGGAAAGUCAACCUUUUCGCGACUUUUGAGACAAACCUGUCAAGACUGGGCGGUGGUUUCUGAACCUGUCAGCGAAUGGCAGAACAUUGACAAUGGGACCUCAAAGGAGACAGGUGCAUCUCCCCAGAAGACUGUGAGCAACUUGCUGGAUAUGAUGUACCAGGAUCCUCAGCGCUGGUCCUUUACCUUCCAGACAUUCGCCUGCAUGAGCCGCUUCAAAACACAGCUACAGCCUCCUCCUACAUGCCUGCUCUCAUCUCCGGGAACACCAGUGCAGGUUUAUGAGCGUUCUGUCUACAGCGACAGAUACAUAUUUGCCCUGAACAUGUAUGAGCUAGGCUGCAUCAAUUCCACAGAGUGGGCAGUCUACCAGGACUACCACUCAUUCCUGGUGGAACAGUUUGGACACCAGGUGGAGCUAGAGGGCAUUAUAUAUCUCAAAGCACCUCCUGAGAAAUGUAUGGAACGCCUGAAGCGGAGAGGCAGGCCGGAGGAGAAGACUGUACAACUGGACUAUCUCUACAAGUUACAUGAGCAACACCAGAGGUGGCUUGUGGACAGAAGCACUGAGAUCCAUUUUGACACACUGAAAAAGAUACCUGUGCUGGAGCUCGAUGCCAGUGUGGAGUUUCAGACUGACCCGGCAGUACAGGAGAACUACAUGACACAGGUGCGGGAUUUCUUCCAAGCAUUAUAAGGAGUCAUCAUCAGGUGUGUUGUGACAUGCAUCAGCAUCGUUGCAUGCAUCGUUUAUUGGAUGAGACAUUCAAGUCAAGUUCGUUUAAUCUUCUUUGGAAACACUUCUUACAGGACCACGCUCAUAUAAAAGCACUGUUUAUGGAUGAAUGUUUCACUGCAAAGUUGUUCAUUGUUUUAUUCAUUUAUUCCUGUGACUUUCCAAACAUGAUAAUGCUCAGUUUUGAUGAUUUAGAUACAUGAAUGGUGCAAUGCUAUGUGUUAUCUUUGCCAUGUUGAGCUACAGCUAUAGUGCAUGAUGGUAUGCAACUAGACAGCAUAAAGCUGUUUGUAAUAUGUUGCUCAGCACGAAAAGGCUGCAAUAAUAGAAAUACCUGCAGUGUCGUAUUCCAUGUCUGCUAGCCCCUUUAAAAACAAAAAAAACUGAGCAGUAUGUACGUAUGUAGAGAUAUGUUUUUGUUACAGCUCUUGUAUUUGAUUUUAUUAGAUUUCUGCAAUGAUGAGCAUUAUUCUCACAGCCACUAGUUUGUGACAAUAAGUUCAAUAUGUGACAUAUGAUAAAUAAUAUGCCUGAUUGGAAUAGAGUCUUGUUUGUUAAUAAAAAAAAAAACCAAAA